AUGAACAAUCUAAACUCAGUCCAGAACCCUGCUCGAUCGACGAGUUCAGCUGUUGUAGCUAAUACUCAAAAUCCUUUCUAUAACCAGCAAAUGCUCCUUCAGCAACAGUAUAUGCAAAUACCAACACUUUAUGGUAGCCAGCAAGCAGGAGGAAUUAUGCUUCAACAGCAUCCCAUGGAUAUUCAGGCAUUUCAACAGCAGCAGCAACUAUUGCAAGUUAUGCAGCAACAGCAGCAACACCAACAAGCACUGCAGAGUCACCAGCGAAGUUUAGGUUUACAUGAAUCACAAACUCUGGCACAACAUCAAGCUGUUCUUCAACAACAUCAUUACCAACGAGCUCUGCAGCAAGCGGCUCAACAGCAACAACAACAACGGCAGUUGGAACAGCAGCGUCUUUUAGAGCAACAGCAACGGCAACUUGAUUUAAUGCAUCAGGAGCGUGAAGCGGCUCUUUUAAAGCAGCAACAAGAUGAACUAUUUCGUCAAAAGUCCGAAGCUCUGGCGCGUCAACAGCAGGAGGAACUGACUCGGUUGAAGCAGGAAGAACUUCGAAAAAUGUCGUAUCUGAAAGAGCAGCAACUCAAACAACAGCGAGAAAAAAGAAUGCAGCAGGAGCAGCAGCGAGUAUUGGAGGAGCGAAAGAGGCAGGAGGAAGUUCGUAAAUGUGAAGAACAACGUAAAGAAAUGGAGAAAGUACGUGCUAUACGAGAGCAGCAACAUCGGAAACAGCGUGAAGCACGUGAAGCUUUCAUAGUGAUGAAAGAGAAGGCAGACAGUUUUCCCAUCCCUUUAAAUCUAGCCGGUUGUCAUACGCUGACUAAACUGGUUAAUCAUUUACCGUUUCCAUCACCUUACUUGCCUCAUACGAAACAUCUUAAAUGUGAAAUGAUCGGUGUACCACAAGUUGGACCUACGGAAAAGAAUGUUUUGGCUCAAGUAGUUGAAGCUUUCUCACAAACCGAUACGUCUGAUGUAGUUUUGAAGCAUGAAGACAGCGAGACGAGCAAUUUUGAUUGUGAAGGUGCUCCAUGUAUCGUACGUGAAUUGUAUGAAAUCAAUCAUCAGGCAUUUGAUGUGAGUAAUACUCAAAAUGUCGGGGCGCCCGAAAUCGUAAAGGAAGUUGAAGCUAGGUCUUCAAUAGAAACUAUGACGAUUGCAGCGACUGAAGUUAUUCUUCUGGAAGAACAUACUUCGGAAAAAAAUUCUCUCACUGAAGAUGAGUCGCAGAAUGUGGCAACAUCGAGCAUUUCUGAGGCAUACAAGCCAUCGUUUUCGGAUGCAUCCAAUUUAAGUUCUUUGCAAGAAGAUGAACAAGUGCAAUUGCGUCGUCAGAUCGUCUCUUUGGGCAAACAACCAAAGGCUCAACAAGUCCGCAAGAAAAAAGACAUGGUUGAGUCUCUUUUUGACUCAUUGACUGGAUAUUUUGAUCCAAGUGAAGGCCGACGACGAAGACAGCGUACAAGAACAUAUGAGGAGGAACAGAACGAAAAGAUGCAAAUGGAACUUAUUGCACAGCUGGAGAAGGCUGAAGCUAACGGAAAAGAUGAAAAAGAGUCUGGAAAGACGGAGCAUCGUCCAGACCAUGUUGGAACAUCUCAAGAAGGCUCCGUAAAGAAUGAUAGUAAACCGAAAUUUUUUGAAACUCAUAAGAAAAAUCGUAAAAGAGUGAGAGAAAAAUCAUCUGAUCAAGUGGAAAGACCGCCAACACCAACAGAAGCAAAUACAAAAUUUGUAGUAAUUCAACAACGGGAAUUAGAAUGGAGGGAACGUCAGCGCAAACGACAUGAAAAGCAUAAGCGUCGGCAAAAUGAAUCAGAAUCAGAAUGUUGGAAUAAUGAAGUAAUGGCUGAAAAGGAAUCGUACAUCAAAUUUACCACUAUUAUGGAGCAGAUUUUUGAAGCUAUUGAUGAACAAGUUUUCAUCCAUUGUACAACUGGCGAUACGGACGGUGGGGUCUCGCAGGAUCUGCUAGAUAAGGAUCAGCUUGAAGAACUUCGGCAAGAGGCACAAAAAUUAAAAUCAUGGAAAAAAAUAAAUAAAAUCAAUCCAGAACGUUUAGUAAAACUUCUCAAUAUUCUGGAGAAAAAUAUAAGGAAUGUGGUUGGCGUAGACGGAGAGCAAUCACUCAUUGCACUUUAUAAUGAGGAAGAUGAGGAUGAUUCAGGUGAAGUAUAUCAUGAAGCAUUUGGUGAUCGCAUAAUGCGUGCUGCCGAUGCGUCAUGUACUGCGAUGAUCAUUAUGACGGCAACAAAAAUGCCAAAACAAGUAUUCAUUGAGGACCCUAUUGAACGUUCAAUACAGCUUUGUGGGCAAUUUCUUAACAACAUUAUUUAUCCAGCAUUAGACAUUUCAUGUCAUUCGUCUAGUAAAGGAAAGAAGAACGGACACUGUAAAUUUUUAGUGGAGAAUUUGAAAAUUGAUGAAUGUGAAAUUGAAAUUCGAAAUACUGGUCGUUCAUUUCCUUACAUCAAAAUUUAUAUUUACAGAAGAAAGAAAAAGGAGAAAGUUCGUACCCAAUGUUUAACAGACACUGCUGUCCUACAGUUGUGUUCACUAGGAUCAGGGCCAUUCUUUGUUGAUAAUGUCGGUGAACUGCAAAUGCAAUCUAUCAAACUUCUUUCAGCAAUCUUUUCGCGUUACGAAAAUUUCCGUAAAAAUAUUAUUCAGGAUUUGCUUAAUUCGGUUCAUCGGCUCUCGCCGACAAAGACUUCGAAGAAUAGUUAUCGUAUGACCGCUGAUGAAUGGAUCAGUAACAUGUCUGUUCUAAUUAUGCAGCUUGUGCAGAGCGUUGUAAAGGUUCCACGACGGCGUCGGUCUGAAGAGUCUUGUGAUAUCGAUGAAGAAACAGCAGUUGAUGAUAUUAUUGUCAAGGAUUCUGUAGUCGAUUGCCAAAAAAUGGCGUCUUUGUUUCUUAGUGGAUUUCUUGCAAAAUGUACAGCCAAAUCAGAAGAAGAUUAUCGACGCUUAUUUGACCAGUUUCUUCAUGAUUUGCUCACUGCUCUUUACAAACCCGAGUGGCCUGCAGCAGAGAUGCUUUUGGCAUUAUUAGGAAAUGUUCUAGUUACUUUUUAUCGCUCAAAGCAUGUUGAUAUGUCAUUAAGGAUUGCCAGCUUAGAUUAUUUGGGUACUGUAACUGCUUCCCUUCGUAGAGAUAUAUACCAAGUUGUUUCCGAUACUGGACGAUUGGACGCAGUUGUUAAAACACUUCUAUAUGAAGAGCUUGAAGAAGGGGAUCAGACCGGUGAUGUCGAUGCUAUUGACAUAAGUCAUAUGUCACACAUAGAUAAGAUGAAAAAAGUGCAACGAGCCUUGAUUGAUUACCUUGUUGACAAAAGAGGCGAUGCUGAUGUUUCUGUCGAGUAUGCAGUAUUGUUUUAUGUUGGUAUUUGGUACAAAGAUUUAUAUGAUGAGGCAGAAUCAACAAAACAAAAGCUGAAACAGAUUAUGAAAAAUUCUGAAAUUAGUGAUAAGGAUAAACGGAAAUUCGAAAAAAAAGCAGCUAGAGUACUGGAAAGAUGCCAGGCAAUGAAGGUUUUCUUAAUUAAAACUGCCGACAAGAAACAUAUGAAAAAGCGUGCAGAACAACUUGCGCGUACAGGUAACAGUUUGAUGGACAGUGAUGCUUUAUGGCUUGUGAGAUUCCUUGCUUCAACUCGUGAAUACAAUCAGUCCUUCUCCACGUACUUGAAUCAUAUUUUAUAUGGCAUACAUGCAGAACAAGCAGUAGGUUUAAGGACCAAAGCGAUGAAAUGCUUGACUUUGAUUAUUGAAGCAGAUCACGCAGUUUUGAAAAUUCCAGAAGUUCGCAAAGCUGUACAAGCGAGGAUGAUGGAUCCGAAUGCAGCAGUUCGUGAAGCAACAAUUGAAUUGAUUGGAAAAUAUUUAAUUGCGAAACCUGAAUACGUUCCGCAGUAUUAUCCAAUAUUAAUUGAACGCAUUAAGGAUUCUGGUGUAGCAGUUCGAAAGCGUGUAAUUCGGAUAAUCCGAGAAAUUUGUGAGCAACAACCGGAAUACGAAAAAGUGCCUGAAAUGUUAGCACGAAUUGUGCGUCGUAUAUGGGAUGAGGAAGGAGUCAAAAAGUUAACCAUUGAUACCAUGCAGAGUUUGCUCUUUCAUCCUGCUCGAGAGCGUGAUUCAGUUCAGUUGAUUAAAAAAGUGAUGACGCUAACCGAUAUGGUGCAGAUAUGUGUUAAAGAUAAUACUCUAGACUUUUUCGAACAGCUGCUUAAUAUUUUACUCAAAAGCAAUGAUCGAACGUUACUAUUUGCUUCACGACAAAUUGUAGAUACAUUGGUGGAUAACGUCCUAAUGCUAGAUUCCAAAAUGGCUGCUGGUGGCAAUGUUACAGCAAACAGUAAUGACGACAACACCAUGAAUUCAGCAGUAAUACACAAAGAACAUGAAGAACGUCUUCUAGCUUGCCUUUCAACUCUGUCUUUAUUCAGCAAAGCUAGACCAGACUUGAUGGUAAAACAUGCCGAAACAUUGCAUCCGUAUUUGUCAAUGAACGUGAAUGGACCUGCUGAGCAACAAGUCAUAAAUCAGGUCAUUAAUAUGCUAGAACGAGUGGUGCCAUUGAUGGAUCAUCCAUCAGAAUCGUUUCUCAAGACACUAGAUGAGAGCUUAUAUCAACUUGUGAAAGAUGGUGGCAUGCGUAUCAUUGCUUCUUCUCUAGCUUGUAGUGCUGCUAUUUAUAAUAAGUGGAAGAAACGAAUACCAACCGUUAUCCAAAUAUUUUUCAAAUAUUUGAAAUUUCUACAUCAAACUAAAGAGGAAAUUUUGCGUAAGCAAAGUUCUGGUAUUCCACUGACUAAGAAGCCGAUGGUAUUAAGGUCAUUGUUUUCAAUCGGUUUGAUGUCACGUUACUUCGAUUUGGAUGUGGUACUGGAAAACGAUGAAGAAGCAAAAAAGUUUUUAAAUGCAAAUUUAUCGUCAGUUUCACAUUCAUUGUCAAAUGGCGGUGAUGAAGGAAUUGCUGAAGACGACAAACAACCUAGAAAAUCCGGCGGAUUCGUCGAAAUAAUUUUUCAUGUCUUAUCAACAUUUUGUAGAUAUCGUGAUGAUGACAUUCGAUUUAAGGCUUUGAAUGCAAUUGGACACUUCGCAGCUACUAACUCGGAAUAUCUUAAGCGGCCUGAGUUGCGCAACAUGUAUCUGACAUUGUUAGGAACGAACGAUAGCGAGUACUUAUGCUUGAAAAUACAGUGCCUCAAAAAUUUGGAGUUAUUUCUUAGCGCUGAAGAGUCGAAAAUGGUUAAAAAUAACAGCGAGUGGCAUAUUUCAAAAGAAGAACAUGAUCUGAAAGAAAUGGAAUUGGCAAAUUCUGGUUUAGCUUCAACAGUUAUACAACUCUAUUGGAAUGCCGUUCUUAAUUCAUAUUAUAAUGCUAGUGAUGCUGUGCGUACGGCUGCAGUUCAGGUAGCGAUUUUAACUCUCAGUCAGGGUUUGGUUACACCAGGUUCAUCAAUUCCAACUUUGAUUGCAAUGACUACUGAUAAAAACACAAUUGUUCGCAAUAAAGUCGAACACAUGUUAAGGGAGAUUGAUUCUAAAUAUGCAGGGAUGGUUCCAAGCAAAGCAAUAGCUGGCAUAAGAUGUUCAUUUCGUUUACAUAUGAUCAUGAAAGCUAAUCAAGGAUCAAUCCUUCGUGGUAUUAGAACAUGCUUUCAGUCAGCUGCUUCUGGUUCUUCUGAUAAUGUGGCAAACGAGAUGCCAAAGAUGACUAACGAUGGACAAGCAUUAUUGAGUGGAUUGUAUCAAAAUCUUCGUUGUAAUCGUCAACAGCGAAGGAGUUUUCUGUCUUCUGUUUUACGCCUAUUUUCUGAAGAUUCCCGAGAGAAACUAUCAUUAGAAGAAUGGGUAUUCGUUGCUGACAAUCUGGCAAUGUUUCCUUAUCAAGUAGUGGAUGAGCCACUAUAUGUUAUCCGUCAAAUAGAAUCGAUUGUUUCCAUUAGCGGACAAAGUAUAAUCAGUGUUUUCAUGGCACAUCUUUUACCUCGACCAAAGGUUGAAGAAAUUGAUGAUGAGGCCGAAUUCAAUCCUGAACUUAUUUACAUUAAGUUUCAUACUUUAUUUAUUUUGCCAAACAUGAUACAUGUGUAUUUGGUAAAAAUCGUGUGGACUUUUUGUUUUGUCAUAGUGGAUGAACGGCGAUUGCCGGAAGAUAAGAGUAUGCUUUACGAAUGUAUGAAAAAUAGUCAGGCGUGUUUUAUAUUGCUCUAUCUAAAAAAUUUUUUGAUGAAACUUUAUGGCUUCAGUGAAUCGAAAGUACAAGAGUACAGUCCAUCAGAAUCUGCUAAGGUUUAUGAAAAACCUGUAAAUACUAGAAGGAAUAUGUUGAUAUUUAGUCCUCACUCAGCUUUGCAAGAACUUGUGGCUGAAGCAGCACUAAAUCGGGAUACAGUUGAUGGUCAUAUUCGAAUGGCUAAUCAAAUUGUUGCUUUUCGGAAUAUGUUGCUUUCGUUAGAUCAUGACAAUGAUGAUGAAGAUGACAAACCAGAUGUUAGUCUGUGUCCUACACCUGCUAUGCCAUCAAAGGAGAAUGUGAAUCUCAUAACAGAAGAUCAGGGUAAUGCGAAUACGUCAGCACCUUAUAGUGUUUUAGAAAAUAUUGACUUGAGUCAAACCGGCAAUAGCUAA